AUGAAGACAGACUUCAAGUUCUCCAACCUUUUGGGGACCGUCUAUCGCAAAGGAAAUCUUCUCUUUACUCCCGAUGGAACAUGCUUGCUUUCACCCGUAGGCAAUCGAGUCUCAGUUUUUGAUUUGGUCCAAAAUACUUCCUAUACCCUGCCUUUUUCGCACCGUACCAACAUCGACCGUCUUGAUCUUUCACCCAAGGGUAACCUCUUGUUGACUGUUGACGAAAAUGGCCGCGCAAUUUUGACCAAUUUCCACCGGCGCAUCGCCAUUCACCACUUCUCUUUCAAGGGACGAGUGUCUGCCCUCAAAUUCUCUCCCUCCGGCCGACACUUUGCCGUUGGUGUAGGCCGACGUCUGCAGAUUUGGCAGACUCCCUCUACACCUGGUACCGAGACCAAUGGCGAGAUUGAGUUCGCUCCAUUCGUUCUGCACCGCGAUCUUGCCGCCCACUUUGACACCAUUGAAAAUGUCGAGUGGUCCAGCGAUUCACGUUUCUUGCUCACUGCCGCUAAGGACUUGACGGCACGAGUAUGGAGUAUGGACCCGGAAGAAGGAUUUGAGCCCACCACCUUGGCCGGACAUAGACAGGGAGUGGUGGCUGCUUAUUUCAAUGCAGCACAAGAAGCGAUCUACACUGUCAGCCAAGAUGGCGCGCUUUUCCGCUGGGAGUAUGUCACUAAAAAAGACGAAGAAACGAUGGAAGAUAUCUCUGAAGCUCGGUGGAGGAUUGUCAAAAAAGAUUUCUUCAUGCAGAACGAUGCCAAGGUUAACUGUGCUGCGUUCCACGCACCGUCAAACCUUCUGGUCGUAGGAUUCUCCAAUGGACUUUUCGGCCUCUACGAUCUGCCAGAGUUCAACAUGAUCCAUCUUCUCAGUGUAUCUCAAAGCAACAUCGAUGUUGUGACGAUCAACAAAACAGGCGAAUGGCUUGCAUUUGGAUCGUCCAAACACGGUCAACUUUUGGUUUGGGAAUGGCAGUCAGAGUCCUACAUUCUGAAGCAACAAGGCCACCUUGAUUCUAUGAAUGCCCUUGCAUACUCACCGGAUGGUACGAAGAUUGUCACUGCUGCCGAUGAUGGCAAGAUCAAGGUUUGGGAUGUCAAGUCAGGCUUCUGCAUUGUUACAUUCACAGAACACACUAGCGGAGUGACCGCAUGUGAGUUUGCGAAGAAGGGAAGUGUUUUGUUCACAGCAUCUUUGGACGGUUCCAUCCGUGCAUGGGAUCUCAUCCGCUACCGUAAUUUCCGAACAUUCACUGCGCCCUCCCGACUGUCUUUCUCCUCGCUAGCCGUGGACCCUAGUGGAGAAGUGGUCUGUGCCGGUUCGCCGGACUCCUUCGAUAUCCACGUCUGGUCUGUGCAGACCGGUCAAUUGCUCGACCAGCUUUCUGGCCAUGAGGGACCAGUCUCCAGCCUUGGUUUCGCUGCCGAUGGCAACCACCUUGUCAGUGGAAGUUGGGAUCACACAGUUCGCAUUUGGAGUAUCUUCGGCCGGUCACAAACCAGUGAGCCGCUCCAACUUAUGUCAGACAUUCUGAGCGUGGCUUUCCGCCCUGAUGGGCAGCAAGUUGCUGCAUCUACACUAGACGGUCAGCUCUCCUUCUGGUCAGUUGAAGACGCCGUGCAACAGGGAGGAGUCGACGGUCGCCGUGACGUCUCUGGAGGACGACGGGUGUCAGAUCGUCGCACUGCUGCCAAUGCUGCAGGCACCAAAUCUUUCAACCGCAUCACCUACAGCGCCGACGGUAGCUGUAUUCUGGCCGGUGGUAACAGCAAGUACAUCUGUUUGUAUGAUGUUACCACAGGAUCAUUGAUCAAGAAGUUCACCGUUUCCGUCAACACCUCGAUCGACGGUACCCAGGAAUUCCUGAAUAGUCGUGACCUGACCGAGGGCGGUCCUCGCGCUCUGAUUGACGAGACCGGCGAGGCGUCCGAUCACGAGGACCGUGUUGACAGUACUCUCCCCGGUGCGAGGCGAGGCGAUGCUGGCGCACGCACUACUCGCCCCGAAGUGCGCGUCACAUCUGUUGAUUUUGCACCGACUGGACGAUCAUUCUGCGCCGCCUCCACCGAAGGGCUGCUUAUCUACAGCUUGGACACCGACUUCGUAUUUGAUCCCUUUGAUCUGGAUAUCACCAUCACACCGUCGAGCAUCAUUGCCACACUUGAUGCUGCCAAGGAAGCGGCUGUAUCCGGCGCCGUGGAUGAGGAGAACUCAUUCCUCAAAGCUCUCAUCAUGGCCUUCCGAUUAAACGAACAAAAGCUUCUUCGUGCUGUAUACGAAGCGAUUCCUCCGUCGGAUAUUCCCCAUGUGGUUCGCUCCGUGCCCACAGUUUAUCUGCCUCGUCUGCUCCGAUUUGUCGCCCAUGCCGCGGAAGAGACACCCCACCUUGAGUUCAACCUUAUGUGGAUCGAGUCCCUAUUCAGCAGCCAUGGUCGUUACUUCAAGGAGAACACAGGUCAAUUUGCACCUGAACUCCGUGCUGUGCAGCGUGCUGUUGAUGACAUCCGCGAAAACCUGAAACGGCUGACGGAGAAAAAUCUUUACAACCUUAACUACCUGCUCUCAAAGCCUGUACUUGCAAACAAGAAGCAGAACAAAGCACUGUUGGCCAUGGAAACCGAGGAUGCCGAGGUUGAUGAUCAGAUGGCUGAUGCAGAUGCUGAUGAUGGUGAAUGGGUUGGCCUUGAAUGA